AUGGACAAAAUGAGGAGCUCCGGUCUGAACUGGACUGUGGUGGUUCUGACGAGUCAACACAAAGACAGCGUGUACUCAUUUCAGCGAGAGUUGGAGCAGAGACAGCAGUGUGGAUUCUUGCCUCCUGAGUCCCUGCUCCUUACGGUCCGUGAUCGGCAGGAGCCUCUGGGGAGUGGAGGAGCAACUCUGAAUGCUCUGUUGGUGGCAGCGGAACAUCUGAGCAACAGAGCAGGACACACGGUGGUGACAGCAGACGUUCUGGACGAUGCUCACAUCCUCAUCCUCCACACAGGCAGAGACUUCCCCUGGAGCUCCUGCUGCAGAGCCUUCUGCUGGAUCCCAGAGGAGAGCUCUGAAGUCCAAGUCCAGGCCCCGGUCUGCGUCCUGGACAAGCUACUGCACCUCCUCUCCACACAGCUCUGCCCUGGCUCUCCUCCUGGUGUGUGGGUCUGCAGCACAGACAUGAUGCUCUCUGUUCCUCCAGACUUCUCUCUGUCCUGGGAGGGUUUCUCUGGAGUGAGAGUUCUGGCUUUACCUGGAGAGAUCUCAUACGCCGCCGAUCAUGGAGUCUAUUUCUCUGACUCAAAGGGAAAUGUUAGAGACAUCAUCUACAAGGGAACCACGGAGCAGAUACAACAAGCUGUGAUUUCAGACGGAAAAGUGCCUCUGGUUUCCGGUCCAGUCUUCUUCAGUCGAACGGUUUCAGAGAAGUUACUGCAGACUCACGUCACUCCUCCUCUGGAUGGAUGCACCUACCUGGGCCUGGACUCUGGGGCUCCACCGCUGCAGAUCUCUCUCUUCUUGGACGUAUUGAAGUGUUUGUGCUCAGAUCUGACCCUGCAUCAGUUUGUGAAUGAGGAGAGAGCCGGCUGCAGUUCUGUCUCUGGGCCACAGGGGGCGUUGGUGAAGAGCGGACGCACAGAACUAUGGAAUAUCCUGAGGGGGACGCCACUCACUUUGGAGUUUGUUCCUGGAGGACUCUACGAUUACAUGACUCUCUCUGGGAAAGACCACAUCCAGAGACUGAGCUCCACCUCCACCAGCAGCAACACUUUGUCCCACACACAGAACCAGAGCCUCAUCAGUGACGGAGCGUGUGUGAUCAACAGUGUUCUUGAAGCAGACGUCUCUGUGGCCUCAGGAGCUGUGGUCCAACACUGCCACCUACAGGGGCCUUUGAACGUCCCCAGUGGUUGUCUUCUGUCUGGACUGGAGCCGUCGGCAUCAGCUAGCAUCAGACACGUGGCGCUUGCCUGUGACAUCAUCAUCCAGGGACACCGGAUCGUGCUGGGGGAGCAGCUAAAGCUGAAUGUCUACACUGUCUUUGGAGCUUUUGACAAUUUAGAGAUUUCUGUUGGAGACUCUGGUGCUUUAUUCCUGAACCAAACCUGGGAGGUGUUCGUUACUCGAACAGGAAUACAAGCGGAGGAUCUAUGGUGCCAUGGCUCGCGGCGCUGUUUGCUAACGGCUCGACUCUUCCCUGUCCUCCGCCCCAGGGCAGGUGUGGCGGGGCUGGAAGGGAGUGUGGCCUGGCUGCUCGGGGGUGAGGCCAGCGGAGUCCAGCGCUGGAGAGAGGCCUGGAGACUCUCUCUGCAGGAAGUGAUGUCACUGACCAAUCAGGAGGCGGAGCUUCGCUGGAGGGAGGAGCUUCUGUUCCUGUCGGGACGGAGACGCGUGACGGAUGCUCUUAUUGGUCGCACUGACACGUGUUUACUUCCUUGUUUCAGAGCCGCUGUGAUGGGCGGACAGCAGGGGGCGAUGUUGGAGACAUUAGACAGCAUUGCUUCUGGUAAAGCUGCGAUGGUGAACUCUGGGGUCAUGGGCUCAGAGUUGGGGGUGUCCGCUCGGUGCCUGUCCUGCAUUGCUGACGUCCUGGUGCUUAUGUCGCGUGGAAAGGGUGGCCUGAGGAGCGGCCCGGCUGCGAAUGAGGCCUGGAGCUCUGCGUUCGCUCUGCUGGAGCAGGGACACCUGAGCCGAGGUACCUCUGCUCUGGCCAAUCAGAGAGAGGCCUGGCUCUGUAGGCCAGAUCUGUUGGUGCGGGCUGCUCGUCAUUACGAAGGGGCGGGGCAAGUGCUGCUCCGUCAAGCUGUGAUGUCAUCCCAGCGGUUCAUUUCUAUUGGACGAGGAACGCUACCACCUCUUGGGGAGUGGCGGGAAGUGCACUGUCCGGCGAGACUCGAUCUGGCAGGAGGCUGGAGCGACACCCCUCCUCUAGCCUUCGAACAUGGCGGGGCGGUGACCAACGUGGCGGUGAAGGUGGACGGGCUGCGACCCAUCGGCGCCCGAGCUCGCCGCCUCAGAGAACCUCUGCUCCGAUUGGUCAGUCACCGAGGGGGGCGGGACUGCGGCGUUUCCACGGAGACGCUGUGUGAGAGUCUGGACGACCUUAGGGAUUACUCUCAGCCUCAUGCACCAGGUGCUCUGCUGAAGGCAGUGUGUGUCUGCAGUGGUGUAGUCUCUCUCUCCUCCCAUGAUGCCUUGGGGCCACAGUUGCUGCAGCUGUGGGGAGGAGGUCUGGAGCUGCACAGCUGGUCCUCUCUCCCCACCGGCUCUGGACUCGGAACCAGCAGCAUCCUGGCAGGGGCGCUGUUGGCUGCCGUUUAUGGAUGCACCGGUCGUACCUACGACACGGACUCUCUGAUCCACAACGUGCUCUACCUGGAGCAGAUCCUCACCACAGGUGGGGGCUGGCAGGACCAGGUGGGGGGUCUGGUGGGGGGUGUGAAAGUGGGUCGCUCUCUGCCACAGCUCCCCCUGCAGGUCACAGUGCAGCGGCUCACUCUGUCGCCUCAGUUCCUGGUGUCUCUGGAACAGCACCUCCUACUGGUCUACACCGGGAAGACACGGCUCGCUCGCAACUUACUGCAGGACGUGGUGCGCAGCUGGUACAGUCGUCUGCCUCACAUGGUCCAGAACGCACAGCAGCUGGUGGCCAACGCUGAGGCCUGUGCCGAGGCCUGUUCAGAAGGUUCUCUCCCCGCCCUGGGCCACUGCCUGGACUGUUCCUGGCAGCAGAAGAAGCUGAUGGCCCCUGGUUGUGAACCAGCGUCUGUGCGGAGGAUGAUGGAGGCACUGAGGCCCCUGGUGCUGGGGCAGAGUCUGGCAGGAGCUGGAGGAGGAGGGUUCCUGUACGUGCUGACCAAACUGCCCCGACAGAAAGAAGAGGUCCUGCAGGUCCUCAGCAGAACCCCGGGUCUGGGAGAUGUCAGUGUUCACUCAGUGGAGUUGGACAUGGAGGGACUCACAGUGGAAUCAAACACAUGA